GUUGUUUUUUAUGAAUAUAUAUAUAUAUAAUUUAUAGAUUAGUGAGAUGGUAGUUUUGGAAUCACUUUCAAGUACAGGAAUUUUUAAUGAAGAAUGGAGUAAUUGGAAAGAUAUUUUUGAAAAUCGUUUAAAAGAGAAUUUAUGGUUAUUUGAGUUACCAAGAACCUCAUCAGAUAUUGAGAAUGGGAUAGAAACGGAAGAUGGAUUACCUUUGAGUAUGAGUCAAUCGGAAAAAAUGUUAUUUGAUCGGAUCAAGAAUGUUUUAUUUUCUAAUUUUUUAACAUAUCCACCUCAUACAGUACAGCGUUUAGCAGAGCUUCUUUUAUCGCCUAAAUUACAUUAUAAAUCAUUGUCUAAAUAUUUAAGAGCCGUAGAGAAAACACUUAUGGUAACAUCAACAACUGCUGAUUUUAAAAUACAUAAUACAGAUUCACAAAACCAAAGAAUGAAUAAUAAUGAUUCUAGUAUACCAAACUUAACGCCUGUUCCAUGGAUUCAUUCAGAUGAGAAUACAAAUUAAAAUAUAUAAAAUGUAUUUAAAAGUAUAUUUCAUUCUAAAAGGGU